UAAUCCUAGUGGCACUUGAUCUCAGAAAUGGUACGUGCUUUUCAACCUACUGGGCAACGAUCUCAAUUAUUUAAUGGAACCAUAAAACCGUUACAUAAACGAGACUAGUAUAUUCUACAGCCCUUAAAAGAACAAAUAUUUGUUGCCACAUGGACGUCUCCACGACAAGGCAGACAAUUUGCUAUAAUUUAUUCAAGCAACAUUUCUGUACAUUUGUCAACGUUUGAAAUGAAAAUCUCAUAAAUUUGGAAGAAAAAAAUUGUGACUUAUACGUUUUCAUUUUUAUCGGUUUUUUAUAUUUUGCUUCGGAAAUGCAGAAGAGUAUUACAUUCAUUACGGGGAGUCAAUUCAAUGGUAAUUACAACACUGCGUUACAUUGCAUGGACGGAUAUGGCAAAUACUUUUAUCCAGAUGGCAGCCAAUACAGAGGAAACUUUAAAAAAGGCAAAUUUCACGGUUUCGGAGAGAUAACUUUAAUGAAGCCAUUCAAUUUUAAAUUUGUUGGCGAAUUUGAGGACGGAAAAUUGACACAGGUGCACGAAAUGACAUAUCACGAUGGACUGCACUUAAAUGCUAAAUUUGAAAAUAACAAAUUGAAUUUCGACGAAUGGCAAUAUUGUAGGGAUGCAGAUCGACGUACUUCUUGGGAAAUUAUCAACGGAUUGGGACCAAGUGGACAGAAUACAAUCAUGUCGAAUCUCGACUCGGGAACAUAUGAUGUUGGUGGUGGUAUCUUCAAGGAGAAUACCGGUUGGGUUGUACGCAUACCACCACCAUUCUUUUCGGUGAAAUUCUUAUCAUGCAAUAAAGAAAGAGAGUGGAUACAAAGGAAUUGUCGCAAAGGUCCUUGCGACAGAGAUACACAGUAUCCACCGGUGGAACCCAUACCAGAAAUUGGUAAACAAAUUAUCGAUGCCAAUAUCAAUCAACUGCAUAUAUUGCAUAGUUGUAAUUGUGAUGACAUAUUCCGAAAUAAGCUUCAUGCAGAGGAAUCAUCUGAUGGCUGUGACAGUGUACCCACAGACUUUCCCACAUCGAAGUCAACUAGUCUAUCGAGUUUUUGCGAUGAAUUAAUAAAGAUCGAUCUAAGCGAAAUGUGCUAUAACGAGGAAACAACAUUGAAAUAUGCAAUACCGGAUCGAAAGUCGAAAAUAUAUUUUUCAUUGCCAAAUAAAUAUAUUAGGUCACCGUAUGAUAUUACAAAUGCUUAAAUAAAUAAUUUGUUCGCAUUUAUAAAUAUCAAAUUUAAUGCCAGCUGCAUUUCUCUAAGAUCCCUCGCGUCUAUAUAUACUAUACUGCUACGGAAAAGCUUAACAUUACCUACAUAUAGGCAGAAUUGUAGCUCAUACUAGUUGAAUAUAUUUUUUAUCGAUAAUUUAUACGCAUAACAAUAAAAAAAUAUUUAAAUGAGUUUUGCAUCUUCAUACAUGCAUGCUCACAUAUAA